AUGGUCACAGAUUCCCACAGCUCUCUGGCUGGGAGUCGAUGGCUGUUAAAGGAGGAGCUGGAGCAGUUACUAGUGGAGAAUAUCUCCGACCAUGACUAUGCUCGGUUCAUCCAGCUGAUGGAGAGGCUCUUGUCUUAACCCUACUGUUCCAUGGAGGAGGAGUUUGUGCAGCAAUACCGUCGACAACUGGAGGUUCAGUCCAGCAAGCAGGAGAUCCCCGCUCUCCAGCACAGUGAGGACGGAGUGGCCUUCAGCCAGGCUGACGGAAGGAGAAAAUCUUCUAAUGCCAGCAUCACACUCAGAGACCGGGGCUCUGGUCGCAUCAUCAUCAAUGGAAAGAAUUAUCUUCAGUACUUCCCUAUACUGCAGGACAGAGAGCAGCUGAUGUUCCCACUUCACUUUGUGGACAUGUUGGGAAGGUUUGAUGUGGAGGUCACUGUGGAAGGCGGUGGCUCUUCUCAGGCUGGUGCUCUGAGGCUGGCAAUUUCACGUGCAUUGCUUAGUUUUGUUUCUAGUAAAGAUGUAGAGUUCAUGAGGCAAGUAGGCCUGCUGACGUCCGACCCCAGAGUGAGAGAGAGGAAGAAGCCUGGCCAGGCUGGAGCCCGCAAGAAAUUUACCUGGAAAAAGCGCUAGAAAUUUAAAGCACGGUGGACCUGACUGGACUCCUCGGCAUGACAGCCACAAAUGUGUUUAAAUACAGGUUUACUGUACAAUUGCCCUCAUGCUGAACCUGCACUUCUAAAAUCUGCUUUUUGUGACCGAUUUCAUUUCAUUUUUCUCUACAUUAU